CUGUUUGGUUCUAUUGAGGGAAUAUCUCAGGUCCCAGGUGACCCUCCAGUUCACUUCAAUUUUUGCGAGAGCUCUUUUAGCCGAUAUGCCGUCUCUGAUCUUAACGAGGCUUGCCUUUACAUCGUCAGCGUGGACACAAUUGACAGAGAUAAAAUCAGCGAAAACUACGUUCGGAAUGUUGACUGGUACAUAUCUAACCUUCCUGCUGACGUUUGGAACGACGGUACCAAUCACAUAAUUUUUAAUUUGUAUCACGGAACGUUUCCAGAUUAUUCUGAUCACAACCUGGGUUUCAAAACUGGGAAAGCAAUGAUUGCUCGCGCAUCGCCUAACAUCCAGAAUGCUGUUUCAUUUAAAACACGAGAUCAGUACAUAGUUUCCUUCAAGGGAAAACGAUACGUUUAUGUUCUCAUUGUUAUUGGGAGAAACCAUAAUUUUGUAAUUUUCCGAUGGGAUUACGAAGCUAUGAUGGCCAAUUCUACGUUCUGCUUAACACCAAGAGGAAGGAGGUUUCUCGAGGCACUGCGAUUUGGGUGUAUUCCUGUUGUGUUGUCAGAUGACUGGAUUCUACCAUUUGAUGAAAUAAUUGAUUGGUCAAACGCUGUCGUAGUAAUACCUGAAGCCGAUGUUCUUCUGGCAGGUUUUUGUGGCAGCAUUUUAGUACCAGAUAUUUUGUACACGUAUACACCACAGGAUAUAUUUCAAAUGAAGCAGCAUGGAUUCUACAUUUACUAUCGUUAUUUUAGCAGUGUUGAAAAAAUAGUGAUAACUGCAUUGCAGGUUAAGCUUAGACCAUAUUUCUAUUUUCUUAAUAAGUUGCACCGAACCGAGGUGAAAAUAGUGUUGCAUUAUUCAUUUGACCUUGGCUAA